AUGGAAGUAUUCGAUGAGAUUAAUAAGAUUGAACGUAUGAUUGAAGCUAUGCAGGAAUCAGACACCGGAAUUAAUUUCAAGACCCAGAAGGUAUUUCUUACUACUGUCCCUGCAGCUGUAACUGGGGAUGAUUUGAUUUCUUGGAUAGAAAAUUACUUUGGUAUUGAUCACCCCCAAGAGGCCUCUCAUAUUGCUCUUCUUUUAUUAUUAUAUGGAUAUGUUUAUCCCCUAACGGAUUAUAAGUCAAAUAUUGUUAAAGAUGAUCCUACCUCAUUUUACCGAUUUCAAGCGCCUUAUUAUUGGAUAUCUAAGAUUUCGAAGCCGGAUUCAAUUGAUUAUGCUAUUUACCUUGUGAAGCGUAUUCUAUUCAAACGUCAGAAACAUAGUCUUGAGGAGCAUGAACAAACAGCUCUAAAUCGUCUGCAAAAUGCUCUUUCGCAUAAAUGGGAUUUUAUUUGCAUGCAAGCAGCAGAUCAAAUGAGAUUGUUUAAGGAUAAACGGAAGAGCGAUCAAAUAGUUAUCGAAGCACAAGAACGUGCUUUUUGGCGAGUCCACCGCCAUAACUGUUCAAAUGCGCCUCUAUCUACGCAUACUCUGCCACCAAAUCUAAGAAAGCCAACACCUCAAACACUUCCUCACUCCCAUCUCCGAUUAAGCAACAAAAAAUCAGUUGAGAGUUUGUUGCUUUUCACAACUAAUCGCAGCUCCUACGAUUGGUUUGUGAAUAAUUGUAGUGCUGGUCUAGGAGUUGCCACAUCUUCGUUCACUAGUUCACCUUGGCUGAAUCAUCCGAGCAAUUUUGAAGUAUCGCCCUGUGCGGCUCUUGUUUGUCUACCUACGUGUGAUUCUCUUCUCCUUUCCACUCCAAUUGGCUCAUGCUUGAGUACAUGUGCGAUUACUGAACCCCACACCGAUAUUCUCGAUAAUCCAUCCAUUCCCUUUCCUACUAUCAAUCAGGUACGUAUUUGGGCGACUAGUUUUGACAAUCUUCUUUGGGAUCCUAACGGUUGUCAGUCCUUUAAAGCCUUUCUUGAAAAGGAGUUCAGUUCAGAGAACUUGCGGUUUUGGCUGAGCGUCAACGCAUAUCAAUUUUCACCAAUACACAAUCUCAAAGACUCGGGCCAACGCAUCUAUGAAGAGUUUCUUGCUCCGAAUGCACCCUCAGAAAUCAAUAUCGAUUGCGCUACCAGGGCAAAUACUGUCGAAGCUCUAAAGAACCCAACUCGAUUUGUGUUUGCGGAGGCAAAACAGCAAAUUUAUAAGUUGAUGAAGUCAGACUCCUACGUGCGUUUUCUAAGAUCUGACGACUAUUCGGCCGUGUUGCGUCUAGUUUUGACUAGUCAGCAUGUUUAUCAACAGCAUUCAAAUCGCCGAUCUUUCAUUCGGUCGACUCUUCUCCCAACUGGAGCCGUCUCGCCUUCGAUCUCCAGCGCUCAAUAUGGAUCCAGUCACAACUUAAAAGCGUCUGCAAUCGUUCAGAAACCUCGCGUCUCGCCAUAG